AUGUACAAAAUCCAAAGUAAAUGGUAAGUUCUAAGCUUGGUAAGAAUCUAAUUCAACAUUUAAAAUUAAGUAUGUGAAGAUCAAUCUGCAACAGUAAAUUCACAUGCUUAACAACAAAACCUUGCUGAAAAUUGUACUAUUUCUUCUGCUAGAUGCAUAACUAUUUCAAUAUGUUCAUCAAACAAGACUUAAUAGUUUGUGGCUGACUUAACACAUCAAAAUGGAGUAGUUAGAUGUUUUUGGAUGCAACAAUAAAUAAAUGCAAAGAUAAAGUUUGCAGUGAUAAAAAAAUGGCUUAACUGA